GCUCCCUUGCUGAAUCUAUGGUCACGCCUGCUGUACAUUUUGAAGCUACGGAGCAGAUGGAGAAUUAUUUAUAGAUAGCGAAUUGCCUACAUUUCUCCUUAGGUAUUCUGGUGAAAAUCACGUGCUGAAUUGUGCAUGGCGUCAUCGUGAUUAACGCCUUGCUGAGGAAAAAUUAAGCCUCAUAAGUCAGCCUGACCAAGCUACUUUUUUUCUUUGGAAUAAUCAUAUAGGAAAGGGUAUAAUUAUAAAUGGCUCUGCACUUGGAGCUUCAGCAGAGAUUUAGGGUAAAUGUACUGAAUGGUAAGGAUUGGCAGCUGUCUGUGAGAGAUUCUAAGCUACAAGUAGUCAGCAAGCGAGAAUUUGGACUCCGUGACAUUUGAUGACUUGACCUGACCUGUGGUCACCAAGUUUGGAAUUGUUGCAGGGGAUUGGGUAUGGGGCAUCCAAUGAAGAAGGGGUGCCAACAAUUGAUUUGCUAGGUUCUGAGCUAUAAGUUCUUGCAAGCAAAAAUUUUGGACUUUGUGAAAUUUGGUACUUUUAACCUGACAGAAUCACCAAACUGAGAACUGCAAAACAGAAUCAGGUAUGGGGCACCUAGUGGUGAAUGUUUCACAAUAAUCAGGCACAUAUACUGAUAUUUGAGUUGUCUGCAUUUGCAUGUACAAUUUUGUGUUCAUGUUUUUGAGGUGUUUGACCUCAGGUCAGGUCUCAAUAUUGUCCCCCCUCAUCACUCACAUUAUUGCACUGAAUCAAUUUGUGAGGGUUUCUAGGCACUGGGAUGAGCUGUUUUGGAAAGCCAUCAUGCAUGGCUGUGCCUGUGAUAGUGAGUGUCAUUGAAAGAUGACAGGAUGUCGAGCCCACUGUCCAAUGUGCCUCCACCGUCGGCACUGCCGUCGUUUGUUACCCAGGCAACAGCGCUGCCAAUGGCUGCACCUGCUGCCGCUCCAUUGAGCUCGGCGUCCGCCGCCGGCGCGGCGCCGCUGGCCCCGCCGCCCACCAGCUCGGGCGCCAGGCCACUGUCGGCUGCCGCUGCCGGACACUCCUCUCGGCCCAGAUAUGUGGCGCCACCAGAGUUGGCGACGACCGGCGCUGCCUGUCCCGCACCGCUGUACCAACCGGGCGUCAUCACCGGCCCGCCGCCGGCCGACGGCGCACCGCCGGGCGACAGUGGUGUGCUGGCCACGCCGGCGGACUGCGGGGUCACCGUCGACUACGCGAAGACGCCGAUGGCUGGGCCGGCGGCAGUGGUGGCCGGCGGAAGCGAUCCGGGUGACGGUUGGCUGGGCUGGCUCAAGGACACUGUCCAGAAGAGUGAGGUGCUAACGAAGGUGGCCGAGCGGGCGCGCACCUCCAUGGAUACCGUGAUCACCACGCUGGACCCUCAGAUGCGGGACCUGAUCCAUUCGGGUGGUGACCUGGACAUCGUGGUGGCCUCUGACAAGGAAGUCAAGGUGUCGGCUGUCCGGGAGGCCUUCCAAACCGUGUUCGGGAGGGCCACUGUCGUCGGUGUGCCAACGCCAGGUGCCGCGCUGGUGCCCCAGCCAGUGGGGUGGCAGGGCGCGCGGGCGGCGGCCGAGACGCGUGUGCAGUCGCUGCGUGGCUCCGGCCUGGUACCACCCCAGCAGGCUGUCGUCUCCCUGGAGGGCUUCAUCGUGCAACUGCAGCCUGAAAGGUGGUACGAAAUGACACUGCUGCUGCUGGACGACCCGGUUGCCAGCGCUCUGAGCGUGUUCACGCAGCCGACCGAGCUGCCGGACCAGUGGGUGCAGCGGAUGGAGACGGCUACGCCGGCCGGCCAUCCGCAGCGCUGGGCCGGCUUACAGCUCGCCAUCGGGCAGGUGGCCGCCGAACAGCUCCAGGUGGCGCCCUCGGCAUGGCACGAGACAGUUGUGGGGCUGACACGGCGUGAGCUGCUCCUGUCGGCGGCCAGGGCACUGGCGCACCAGUACCGGGACGCGGCGUGGAUCAUGAGCUGCUCCUGCGGCGGUCAGGGCACUGGCGCACCAGUACCGAACGCGGCGCGGAUCGUGAGCUGCUCCUGCGGCGGUCAGGGCACUGGUGAACCGGGAGCUGCCGCUCCGUGAACCCGUGAGUCCGGUCUCGUGGAUCACCAUUCCGUCGGGAUCGCGGCCUGAACGUGUGCGCACUGGUCGUUACGGAGGCCUGAGAGGUAUGGAGUGCGCUGGUGUCCUCUGGGUUUGAAUCGGCAUUAAAGACAUGGUGGCACAAUGCGAAAAAUAUAUCUUAUAGAGAAAGGAUUUCUAGAAGUAAAGCAGACGGAAUAUGCCUUCUUGAGCUUGACGUAGCACGUGGGGUUAUUUUUGUCUGCUUUCGCGUUGAGCUUGUCAUGCCCAAGUGUUGGUUGAAAAUAUCACAACAGUACUGCUGACGAGCAGCAUCUGUCAGUGCCAGCUUCACUGGAUCCCAGAUAACUGAGUGAAUUGAGCACUAGGUGCAGCGUUUCGUUCAAGAUGUUACAGCUGUUAUCCGGCCAUGAUCGUGACACCUCACAACGUGCUGUGGAAGAGGGGUGUUGUUUAGAAACAUCCCUAAGGAUGUUAUCUUGAGAAUAUGCUAGGUAUGCCAGAAUUGCUGAGUUAACGUAGAAUUGGGUCCUUUUUGUUUGUAGUUUUUUCUUUAGGGCCGUUCAAUUCAUUGCUUCAACAUUUACGAUGGUAAUCAUUUUUUAAUAAAAAAUUCCUCCGCAAGGAGUAGUUUAUUACGCUACAUCUUUUCUUUCCCUCAUGUACACUUUUUUACUGUAAGAAUGCGGAGUAAACCUAAACCUUUUUUUCGUUUGUGUGCGUGCUGCUGAAAUGUGAACAAGAUCACGGCCUUUUUAAACCUUUGCAGACGAAUAUCUUCCAUCACGGAACGCGUGUGUUUAGUGGAUUGUUUUGGCUGAGUAAUUGUGUACACUAGCCUAGACCGCCUGGUAUUGAAAUCACCGUGAGGCGUGAUAGGCCGGCUGCUACUGAAUAUGGCUAAGGUCGUACAGUUCGUUUUAUGCCGAUGGUAUGGAAAAUUAAGUGCCGUGGCUUUUGAGCUGUUCCGUGUUUUGUGAGGUGUUUGAAUGUUUAUUUUGAAUAAACAGGCGUGAUGA